UCGCACGGGCGGAGUGUGCGGCUGCGCCACGGCGGGCUGGUCCGCGGACCCCGGCUCCCAGUGCCCUCCGGCGCCGUCCGGGCCGCAGCCUGCGAGGAGGCGCCCCAGCCACGCGCCCCGACGGCGCCCGCCCGCCGCGGAUGCUGGCGUGAGAGCGGCGACGGCGGGAUGCUGGCCCUGCUGGCUGCAGGAGUGGCGCUCGCCGUGGCCGCCGGGGCUCAGGACGUCCCGGCGCCCGGCAGCCGCUUCGUGUGCACGGCGCUGCCCCCGGAGGCAGUGCACGCCGGCUGCCCGCUGCCCGCGAUGCCCAUGCAGGGCGGCGCGCUGAGCCCCGAGGAGGAGCUGCGGGCCGCGGUGCUGCAGCUGCGUGAGACCGUCGUGCAGCAGAAGGAGACGCUGGGCGCGCAGCGCGAGGCCAUCCGCGAACUCACGGGCAAGCUGGCGCGCUGCGAGGGGCCGGCGGGCGGCAAGGCGCCGGGCCGGGCGGCCGCAGGCAAAGACACCAUGGGCGACCUGCCGCGGGACCCCGGCCAUGUCGUGGAGCAGCUCAGCCGCUCGCUGCAGACCCUCAAGGACCGUCUGGAGAGCCUCGAGCACCAGCUCCGAGUGAACGUGUCGAAUGCCGCGUUGCCCGGCGACUUUCGAGAGGUGCUCCAGCGGCGGCUUGGGGAGCUAGAGAGACAGCUGCUGCGCAAGGUCGCGGAACUGGAGGACGAGAAGUCCCUGCUCCACAAUGAGACCUCGGCUCACCGGCAGAAGACCGAGAGCACCCUGAACGCGCUGCUGCAGAGGGUCGCCGAGCUGGAGCGAGGCAACAGUGCGUUCAAGUCACCAGAUGCAUUCAAAGUGUCCCUCCCCCUCCGCACAAACUACCUGUAUGGCAAGAUCAAGAAGACACUGCCCGAACUGUAUGCCUUCACCAUCUGCCUGUGGCUGCGAUCCAGCGCCUCUCCCGGCAUUGGCACCCCGUUCUCUUAUGCAGUGCCUGGACAGGCCAACGAAAUCGUGCUGAUAGAGUGGGGCAACAAUCCCAUCGAGCUGCUCAUCAAUGACAAGGUUGCACAGCUGCCCCUGUUUGUCAGCGAUGGCAAGUGGCACCACAUCUGUGUCACCUGGACAACACGGGACGGCAUGUGGGAGGCCUUCCAGGAUGGGGAGAAGCUCGGCACUGGGGAGAACCUGGCCCCCUGGCACCCCAUCAAGCCAGGGGGCGUGCUGAUCCUCGGACAGGAGCAGGACACCAUCGGGGGCAGGUUCGAUGCCACACAGGCAUUCGUGGGGGAACUCAGCCAGUUCAACAUAUGGGACCGUGUCCUCCGUGCCCAAGAAAUUGUCAACAUCGCCAACUGCUCCACGAACAUGCCGGGCAACAUCAUCCCGUGGGUGGACAACAACGUGGACGUGUUUGGAGGGGCUUCGAAGUGGCCCGUGGAGACCUGUGAGGAGCGCCUCCUUGACUUGUAGCCACUCUGUCCUCUGCUUACUCCCCUAGUCAAACUGUCUGAACCUCCUGCCAGGAUGGGCUGGGCCCCAGAGACUGAGGUUCUGUGGCAGCGUAUGUCACUGGCUUAUGGCUUAUUUGUUCGUUGCUGAGAUGUUGUUGUUUUGGGGGUAGGGCCAGAGUCCCUGGGGAAAAGCCCUGAACUGCAGGGGUGGGUCUAUCUGACUUCCUGCUCCGGGGGAUCAUAGACCUUCAGGCCCUGUUCAGAACCCCUGUAAAUGCUAGUGCACCCCAGCCUGCCCACCCCUCGGAUCCUUGGUGUCUCCUGUGCGCUUUCUGUCCGUCCCCUUUGCAGGCUGUGCAGCCUGGAGUGGCCGCGUCCUUUAGUGUUGAGUUUA